AUGGAUGAGAUGAAUUUUGAUAGGGAAUUACUACGUGAGGAGUUUAAGGAGUCUUUGAAAUCUAUGACUCACGAACAGAGGAAUGCAUAUGAUCGGAUACUGAAUGCUGUCUCCAUGGAUCUUGGUGGAUUUUACUUUGUUUAUGGUUACGGUGGUACUGGGAAGACUUUCCUUUAUCGCACGUUAUCUGCAUCAUUAAGGUGUAAUGGCAAAAUAGUGCUAAAUGUUGCAUCAAGUGGUAUUGCUUCACUAUUACUCCCUAAUGGACGAACUGCUCAUUCUAGAUUCAAGAUUCCACUAAACAUAAAUGAGGAUUCGGUUUGUAACAUUAAACAAGGUUCUUCCCUUGCUAAGCUUCUUGCUAGAGCCAGUUUGAUUAUAUGGGAUGAAGCUCCGAUGCUUAACAAACACUGUUACGAGGCUUUAGACAAGUCAUUGAAGGAUAUUCUUAGAUUUGAGCAAUCCUACAAACCUUACAUGCCAUUUGGAGGAAAGGUUGUUGUCCUAGGUGGUGACUUUAGGCAGAUCCUUCCAGUCAUACCUAUGGGAUCAAGACAGGAUAUCGUGCAAUCUUCUAUUAGUUCAUCAUAUCUAUGGGAUUACUGUAAUGUACUAAAGCUAAGCAGGAAUAUGCGUUUAUCUUCUUCAUCAAGUUCUCAAGACAAUUGCGAAAAUAUGGAUUUUGCUAAUUGGCUUAUUCAUAUUGGAGAUGGAUUGGCUGGCGAUUCUAUAGAUGGUGAAUCUAAAGUUUUGAUCCCGAAUGAGAUUCUCAUUGAUGAUACUGACACUGGUUUUGAAGAGUUCAUACAGUUUGUCUAUCCCAUGUUGAUAUAUAACUUGACCAACACAGAUUAUUUCAAGGAACGAUCAAUUCUUGCUCCCACUCUAGAAGUUGUUAACGAGGUGAAUAACAAUAUCAUGAGUCUUUUACCUGGCGAUCAGAGGGUUUAUCUUAGUUCUGACUCUUUGUGUGUUGAAGAAGGUAAUAUGGAGUCUCAGUUAGACACCUUUUCACCUGAUGUGUUGAAUGCUAUUAAUUGUUCAGGUUUACCUAAUCACCAGCUAUGCUUGAAAGAAGGAGUACCGGUCAUGUUGCUAAGGAAUAUUGACCAAUCUAAUGGUUUGUGUAAUGGUACCAAGUUGCAGGUACGUCGUUUAGGUAAUCAUAUAAUUGAGUGCAUUGUAUUGACUGGAGACAAAGCAGGUAGAGUUGUGCUUAUUCCACGCAUGAACAUGAUACCAAACAAUGACACUCUACCUUUUAGAUUCCAAAGAAGGCAGUUUCCGUUAAUUGUAUCUUUUGCAAUGAACAUAAACAAGUCACAGGGUCAAACACUGGGCGUGGUUGGGUUGUAUCUACCGAAACCUGUAUUUACUCACGGCCAACUCUAUGUUGCUCUAUCUAGAGUGAAAUCAAAAAAAUGUCUUAGAGUUCUAAUUCAGAACAACGGUUCCAUGCCCAAGGGUAGUACCAUAAAUGUUGUAUUUAGAGAAGUUUUUAACAAUGUAACUUAA